GCGAGUCCCGUCAGAAUUGGGCUCGUAGCUCUCAAUUACCGGUCGGCGGUCGUCGCUUCCCUCUCAUCCCCUAAAAUUAACGGAGGAAAUAGGUAUUCGUGAUAAUGGCUGCGGUGGCAAAGAAGGGAUGGGAGCAGUACAUGCUUCAGCUCCAGCUUCAUCCGCUUAGGACUAAGGCUAUCACCGCUGGCGUUUUGGCUGGAAUCAGCGAUUCUGUGGCGCAGAAACUGUCCGGUCUUCAGAGGAUUCAACUUCGGAGGCUUCUAUUGAAAGUAAUAUUUGGAUUUGCAUAUGGUGGACCUUUUGGGCAUUUCCUGCACAAGCUUUUGGAUAAAUUAUUCAAGGGGAAGAAAGAUAACAAAACGGUUGCAAAAAAGGUUUUGCUGGAACAGGUGACAUCCUCACCUUGGAACAAUUUCCUCUUCUUACUAUACUACGGUUUGAUUGUUGAGGGAAGACCCUGGCCUCAAGUUAAAAACAAAAUUAAGAAAGAUUAUCCCUCAGUGCAGCUGACAUCAUGGAUGUUUUGGCCUGCAGUAGGUUGGAUAAAUCAUCAGUACAUGCCGCUUCAGCUCCGUGUUAUAUUCCAUAGCUGUGUUGCAUGCUGCUGGGGAAUUUUUCUGAAUCUUAGAGCCAGGACUAUGGUCUUGAGCAAGUGAAGGCACUGCCAUUUCAGUUACUUGGAAGCAAAUCACAGUUCGACAGUGUUAAAAUACUCAUAUUAUUAUUCAGUGAUAAUUGGUAUGUUCCAACAAUGGCAUCGCAGCACUCCAGGUUUCUCUUUCUCCAAUUGAUUAGUUCUUCUGCCUAUCUUAUGUAAGUUGUUUUCUUAUUGUUAUUAUUUGGACUGCUUAAACUAUUGUAAUGCAUCAAAUAUUUAUUUAUUGCGUUUUGGCAUGUGAAUAUUUUCCUCUAUAAUUUCUCAUAAUAUUCUCAUCAAAUUUGUCAAAAUGUGAAAUAUUGUCAUCAUUAGCAGUCAAAUAGACAAUAUUAUCGUUAA